AUGUCUGCAAAUGCACAUGAGAUAGUGGCGAGAAGGGACUAUCUGAAGCGAAUUGUUGCAGUCACCUCAAUGUUAGGGGCCCAGGGACUACCCUUUCGUGGGCAUGAUGAAAGUGCAGAGAGCACAAGCAGAUUGUGCGGUAACUUUCUGGCUAGGCAUGAGCUUUUGAUGACAUUUGAUCCAUUCCUUCAAAUCACAGUCCUCCAUCAAAUGCCACGACACCUCAACCAGUGUCUCAAGAAUGAGAUGAUUGAGUGUUGUGCUCAGGAAGUGACCAGUGUCAUUGUGUCUGAGAUCACACGCUCCAAAAUGCAUUCCAUCAUGGCGGAUGAGGCAAGAAAUUGUCGGUCAGAGCAGCUGGCUGUUUGUGUUGGUAUGUGCAGAGGGGAGGUAAAGGAACGGUUUCUAGCACUUUCAGAACUGAUGUCCUUUGAUUCCCAGUCCAUUGCAGACAAGCUACAGGAGCAGCUCCAGAUCAAUGGCCUUGCUCAUGCCAAUUGUGUGUCACAGACUUAUGAUGGUGCCGCGGUCAUGAGUGGACCCAUAGGAGGCGUGCAGGCACGUUUUAGAAGGCUUCAUCCUGAAGCUAUCUAUAUACACUGCUAUGCACAUGAGCUCAAACCCUAG